GUUAGCUCUUACCAUGAAUACCUCUUGCCUCCGAUCCCGAUUCCAUUCAUUCUUCUCUCUUCGUUCCCUCACUCGCAGCAUGUCCGACCUAUCGCCCCUCCAGAAAAAACAGAAAAUGGACCAUCAAAAGAUCAUCGGCACACAUAACGGCACCUUUCACUGCGACGAGGCCCUCGCCGUUUUUUUGCUUCGCCAGACCACCGCAUAUCAGGGUGCCGAGCUAAAGCGCACCCGCGAUCCCGCCAUCUUGGACUCGUGCGACAUCGUCGUCGACGUCGGCGCCAUCUAUGACGAAGCAAAGCAGCGCUUCGACCACCACCAGCGCGGCUUUACCCAAGUCUUUGGCCAUGGCUUUACCACCAAGCUCAGUUCUGCCGGUCUCGUCUUCAAGCACUUCGGUAAAGAGGUCAUCUCUAAUCGCACCCAGGUUUCUUUGGACGAUCCAAAGGUCCAGACGCUGUGGCUCAAGAUGUAUGAGGAAUUCAUAGAAGCCAUCGACGGCGGCGACAAUGGCAUUCCCCGCUACCCAGAAGACAUAAAACCCGCCUACAAAAGCGGGGGCACCAGCCUCCCCAGCCGCGUAGCAGCCCUCAACCCCUCUUGGAACCAACCCGUCGAUUCCCAGGGAAUGGAUGACAGAUUCGCCAUAGCCUCGUCCCUGACCGGAGAAGAGUUUUUCGCAAAGCUUGAUUUCUACGCCAAUGCGUGGCUGCCUGCCCGGGAUAUACUAGUCGAUGCUGUAGCGAACAGCAAAAAAGUUGCUGACUCCACCGGCAAAAUCUUACUAUUGGAGCAGUUCUUGCCCUGGAAGUCUCAUCUAUUCGAACUGGAAAGCGAAUCCCAAACGGAGGGUCAGACGAUAUACGUUGUUUACCCAGACGAGAUGGCAAAAGCCUGGCGAAUACAGGCCGUCCCCAUUGCACAAGAGAGCUUCGAGAGCCGAAAGGCCCUUCCGGAGCAAUGGCGCGGCCUGCGAGACGAUGAGUUAACAAAAGUGAGCGGCAUUCAAGGUGGUAUCUUUGUACAUGCUAGCGGUUUCAUCGGAGGAAACCAGACAAAAGAGGGAGCACUGAAGCUUGCUCAAUUCGCUUUGACAUUGUGAUGGCGCGGGUGACAAAUAUACAGAUAGAUACAAAAUAAAUGAAUGUAAAUCUACUUUUUCGUUCGGGCCUUCUUGCCUUUGGAUCCAGAUUCCUUGUCGUCGUUCUUUCGUUUUCCCUUUGUCUUUGAGUCCUUCUCCUUCCCCUUCUUCGGUGGCUCCUUCUUUUCC